AUGUCCCACGAGCAGGUGACAUCGUUCAACCUUCUGAACUACGUGCAUCAGUUCUCGGUUGUGGUGACGUCCUAUGACACGGACGCGAAGAACAACAAUUUCAGUUUCACGCAGAUGCAGGGGCUCAGCAUCUGUAUCAUAUGGGAAUAUACCGACAAUAUGUGGAUAUUGUAUGGUGGGUUCUGUGAUUAUUUAUUUUGUCAUAUUGGUGGACUCUGGCAGUGUAUGCGAGGGCAGCUUUAUUUUGAGUUAUCAGUUGGAGAGGCAGCUGAGGCAGUUUCUUCUUUUGGAAUGGAAUAUGAGUUACUACUUGGUUGGUUUCUUAUUGAGAUGAUAUGCGAGGAGCGAGAUAUCGGUGCACGUUGCACGCACUGGUACUUCCUCAUGCAUAUGAUAUUGUUGAACCUUUUGACGCUGAGAAGCGCUGGAGGCAACAGGACUCGUCAGUUACAAUGCAGCAGGGAAAGCAUCUUGCUACCCUCAGCCAGAACUUCUGUGGAUGGGAGUCUGGCUGCAACUAUUAUAUACUCUCUUGAUGAAUUGGUUCACUGCGGACGAGUGCCAAAGUGA